AUGUCCUUCUUCAAGAAGCUCUUCAAAUCCGAGCCCCCGCUAUUGGUGGCUGGAGAGGAGCCGACAGGCCCACUGCCUCAACGUGUGCUCAUGAAGACUAACCUCGGCGACAUCGAACUGGAGUUGUUCACCGAGCAAACUCCCAAGGCAAGCCCAUCCCCGACCUGUCUGAACUUCAUCACGCUCGCCAACGCCGGCAAGUACGACAACUGCCUCUUCCACCGCGUCAUCAAGGACUUCAUGAUCCAGGGCGGCGACUUCACCCGUGGCGACGGCACUGGCGGCAAGUCGGCCUGGGGCGGCAAGUUUGAGGACGAGAUCGUGCAGGGUCUGUCACAUGACGGGCUGGGGGUCCUGAGCAUGGCCAACGCGGGCCCUGGCACCAACGGCAGCCAGUUCUUCAUCACGCUGCGUGCAUGUUCGCACCUGGAUGGCAAGCACACCGUGUUUGGGAGGAUCGCGCCGCAGUCACAGGCCAGCAAGGACACGCUGAUGAAGAUCGCGGGUGUGAGGACGGAGCUGCAGGAUCGGCCGUCGCAGACUGUCAAGAUUGUUGAGUGUAGAAGCGUGCAGUAG